GCGGAGCGCUCACCUGCAGAUGAGAGAACCGGGGAAACUCGGGGCAGAGCUGCAGCACACUGACGGAGCGCAAAGGAAAGGGACGUAACGCGCAUUCUGAGCACAAAGAAGGGGAAUUACUCAAAUAUUUUUUUUGGCGAAGAAUCACCGUUCGACCCUCAUUCUUCUUGUUCAUCGUCCAGGCUGCUUUAGACUCGCUCGUUCGCCACCAUGAGAACUGACUUCGCUGUGGUCCUGACAGCAGCCCUGCUUUUGGACACAUUCUGGAGGAAUAAUGGGGAGCAUGCAUCCAAAGUUCCCUGCCGAGCUGGCUUCUCACAAAGCUUCUACUCUGUGCUGGUUUCAAGGGAUGUACUGCAAGGCCAGGGUAUACUUAAAGAUACCACAGUGUCAUCACAAAAAGUGAAGUUUGAUGACUGCAUGGGAAAUGAAGCGGUGGUUUUUCAGAGCAGUGACUCCAGAUUCAGCGUGCGGACAGAUGGGUCCAUCUUUGCCCAAGAAGAGGGAGCCAGCUUGGAUAAACCGGUCCAAUUCCGAGUAACCGCAAGGGGGCCAUCCUCACAUGUCUGGGAGACUGUGGUGCAGCUGGCAUUAACUGACCCACCUUCACUUCAACUAAAUGAAAAUGAGGUCGCUGAGGACAAGAAGAAGGAGGCGUUCCACGAACCACCUCCUGUCAUCGUGUUCCCGGGCUCCGGCAGGAACAGCUCCACCGGUCUACGGAGGCAGAAGAGGGACUGGGUGAUCCCUCCGAUUAACGUGGCUGAAAAUUCACGAGGACCAUUCCCUCAGAUGCUUGUCAGCAUUCGUUCAGACCAGGAUCAGGACAUUUCCAUUCGAUACAGCAUCACCGGGGUUGGAGCAGAUCAACCACCCAAUGAGGUGUUCAGUAUCGAUCCUGUCCUUGGAAAGAUGUUCGUCACCAAACCUCUGGAUCGAGAACACCGAUCUUCUUACCAUCUGCGAGCACAUGCAGUGGACAUGAACGGGAACCAGGUGGAAAAUCCCAUCGACCUGUAUAUUUUUGUCAUCGACAUGAACGACAACAGACCCGAGUUCAAAAACCAGGUGUACAACGGCUCUGUGGAUGAAGGCUCCAAACCAGGAACAUAUGUGAUGCACCUGUCAGCCUUUGAUGCCGACGACAACACCACAGCCAAUGGGAUGGUGCGUUACCGAAUCCUGUCGCAGACGCCUCACAGCCCCAUUCCCAACAUGUUCACCAUCAACAGUGAGACUGGGGAUAUUGUGACCGUGGCACCUGGGCUUGAUCGUGAGAAAGUGUCCCAGUAUACUAUUAUCGUGCAGGCCACGGACAUGGAGGGCAACCUGAACUUUGGCCUUUCCAACACAGCCACAGCCAUCAUCACUGUCACCGACAUCAAUGACAACCCUCCUAUGCUGACCUCGAGAACUUUUUCUGGUGAAGUCCCAGAGAACCGGGUGGAUGUGGUGGUGGCUAAUCUGACGGUGAUAGAUGCCGACCAACCGCAUUCUCCAAACUGGAACGCCAUCUACAGGAUCAUCAGCGGCGACCCCACGGGGCACUUCACUAUCCGCACUGACCCUGUUACCAAUGAUGGCAUGGUCACUGUGGUGAAGCCUGUAGACUUCGAGAUGAACCGUGCCUUCAUGUUGACGGUGGUGGUGUCCAACCAAGCCCACCUCGCCAGCGGCAUCCAGUCUUCGCUCCAGUCCACAGCAGGCGUCACCAUAUCUGUCCAAGACGUCAAUGAGCCUCCUUACUUCCCCACGAACCCCAAACACAUUCGCUUUGAGGAGGGAGUUCCUGCUGGCACCACACUGGAGACCUUCUCAGCUUCAGAUCCAGACCGACUACAGAUGCAGCAGAUAAUCAGGUAUUCCAAGCUGAACGAUCCUGCAAACUGGUUGUCCAUCAACAGGACUAAUGGUCAGAUCGUUACCACGGCAGUACUCGACCGAGAAUCCAGCUAUGUCAAAAACAAUAUAUAUGAAGCCACAUUCCUGGCAACAGACAAUGGCUCUCCCGCAGCCAGCGGCACAGGCACACUGCAGAUCUAUCUGAUAGAUAUUAAUGACAACCCCCCAGCGCUCAUUCCCAGGGAGUCUCAGAUCUGUGAGCGAAUGAACAGAAAUGUCAACGGUGUCAACAUCACUGCCGCUGACGCCGACACAGACCCCAACGCCGGACCCUUUGUCUUCGAGCUGCCCAUUUUCCCCACCAGCAUCCGACGCAACUGGACGAUUUCUAGAAUCAGUGGUAACUACGCUCGUCUGGGGCUACAGAACCAGAGAUACUUAGAACCAGGGGUGUAUGAGGUUCCUAUUACUGUGUCCGACUCUGGGAACCCUCCGUUGUCCAAUAGGUCGGUCAUAAAAGUCAAAGUGUGUCCAUGUGAUAGAAACGGAGACUGUACCACUUUGGGGGCAGUGGCAGCCGCUGGCCUUGGAACCGGAGCCAUCAUCUCCAUCCUCAUCUGUAUCAUCAUACUCCUCAGUAUGGUUUUGUUGUUCGUGGUGUGGAUCAAGCGCAGAGAGAAGGAGAGACAGACCAAACAGUUGCUUAUUGACCCUGAAGACGAUGUCAGGGAUAACAUCCUAAAAUAUGACGAAGAGGGAGGGGGAGAGGAGGAUCAGGACUAUGACCUUAGCCAGCUGCAGCAGCCCGACUCCUUGGAGCACAUCAUUAGCAAGCCCCCCGGCGUGCGCAGGGUGGAUGAACGGCCCAUCAUCCCAGAAUCCCAGUACCCCAUCAGACCUGUUGUGCCCCAUCCUGGAGACAUCGGGGACUUCAUCCACGAGGGUUUGCGAGCAGCAGACAAUGAUCCAACGGCCCCUCCUUAUGACUCCCUGCUUGUGUUUGAUUACGAAGGCAGCGGUUCCACUGCCGGCUCGGUCAGUUCCCUUAACUCCUCCAGCACGGGGGACCAGGACUAUGACUACCUCAACGACUGGGGCCCGCGCUUUAAGAAGCUGGCCGACAUGUACGGAGGAGGCGAUGACGAUUAAACCUGUCCAGUCACACAUACACACACACCCUCGUCCCGUCAGCUGGCCUGCCAUGCUCUAUCCCUAUUACAAACAGGGAUAUACACACACACCCUUAUUGAAAACUUGCAACAAUGACAUGUUCACACUGACCAACGGACUGACCAACCAACCAAUCAAAUUACCCACCACGGAGGACCGGUGCCAUGAGUCAGUUUCGGGUGCUCUUCUCAACCGUCUCCUGCUCUAAGCCUGUCUGAGACUGAAGCGGAAUCUCUGAUUUGGAGGCUUCUCAUAGUCUGUACUUUCAAAGUUGUGGUUUGUUUCGUUUUAGGAUUUAGGCUAGAUGUAGGCUUCUGUUACUUUUUUCUUAUUUUGUUUUUCUUUUAGUUUCUGUAGCCUUUUUCUUUUCUUUUUUUUUUUUUUUUUUCCUUUAUUGUGCUCCGCUCCCCUCCAAUUCAAGCCGUUUCUGAUUCCUGAGGGUUUUCACUUUUCCCUCACUGUCAGCCCCCGCCUGCCUCUCUGCAGAAGCUUUAGGUUGAGCUGCUUGCUUUGUCUGAAGGGAACAAAAGGAAAAAAUAAAAAAUAAAAAUAACACAGAUAUGAAAGUCCUUCCUGCAUGGAGGGCCCGGUUUAUUCUUUCUUGAACUUGAAUUACUUAGAACAGAAGCACUGUUGUUUAAAAAGUGCCUUCAGUGGUGCAUAUUUUAGCAGACUCCCGCUAACUCAGGAUUGGUUGUCAUUUUUUGGGCUUGUAUGCCCCCAUAUGACCCCUGACCCUUUAACUCAGACCUUCCCUUGUCAUUUCUAUGGUCCUGCGGGGCUGUGGUAGCUGCGGGAGAUGUCAGUGCUGGUGUAAAAGGAGCUUCGACUGGCAUACGAGGGCGCUUUAUGUAGACGUACUGUACAUAGGCCUACAGUGUGUCUCUAAGUUAUGGACAAAUCAUUUACUUUUUAAGUCAGGCAUAUCUGUGCUCCUAGAUCACAGCCAACUUGAAUGUGAGCGUCGAACUCACAAAAAUACGUUUUUUUUUGGGACUGUCUUAGAGAAGAAAUGCAUCUCGUGUCUUUGUUUAUUGUGGCUUCGAUAGCAGCUGUGUUUGUUUUGAGCACUCAGUAUUUGCACCUAAAACUUGAUAAGGCUUGUUACAAAAGUUUGAGGAUCGACAAGUCACGUGUGUUACCUCUAUGACGACGAUGUUAUACUAUAUAUGAAGUAUGAAUGACGGUUAUUUAAAGAGAUCGUAAAGGUUUGCAUGUUUAUCCCUACUCUAAAUGAUACAAUGAAAAGAGUGUGUGGUAAAUGUCAAAGAAAACUAUGUAAGCUGUACAAAUAUGAGCGAAAUGAAAACUGUAGAUGACUUUGAUAUUGUUACAUACAAAGUUGUGAAUGUGAAUGAUCCCAAUUCUGAGCCCCUUUUCACUUUCUGUACUGCUUUAAAUGUAUUUAUUUUUUUGUUUUGUUUUGUUUUGUUGGUCUUUCUCGACAAACUUUUAAUAUACAAACUGGUGCUGGUCCCUGUCACAAAAAAAACUGAGGGAAUUGAGCCCCAGCCAGGGAUUUACAGCCUUCCCAAUCUGUCUCUCUUCAGGCAGCAUUUCCUUCAUCUGAAAAUUUUCUCCUGAAAUUUUUGGCUGUGAGUUCAAGAGGUUUUGAAAAGAAGUUAGAGGAAGGAAAAGUCUGUUAUGAAGUUCUGCACUUUAUCAAAGCAGACUUGAAAAACUAAAGCUUCAGUAAUAACUCUUUUAAAAAGACAGACAUUCUAAAAGACAGUUUUGUUGUGACUUAAGGAAACAAGCAGCACCACCCAUGGGCUUCUGUAAUCAUAUUUCAAGCUCCAGAACUGCAUAUAGUGGAGGGAAAAAAAGUUUGUAAUAAAUAUUUUAAAUAUGCAAAACACUUCAUAGAGGGAUCGGGGAGAUGUUAGUGAAUGAUAGAAAGAUUUAAUCAUUCUUUUUCUUAUGAGUGCCCACUGAAACGCUGGUCGAUUUUAGCUAAGCUUUGACUUAAUGUGCAUCAACAAGAUUCUCAGUUAAUUAAAAAUAUGAUCAAAGCUCAGAGAAAAUCUCAUCGACAUUGCUCUUCAGUAGUGUGAAUAGAGGAAUUUUCCACUAGUGCUUUUUAACUGUUGUUAUUUACAAUAAUUACACUCCAUUUUAAGUCUUUAUUGCAGUAACCUUAUGUUCACAAAUCAGAAGAAUGACCCAGAAUGGAAAUGAAGUAACUACACAUUCAAAGUCGAUAGAAAGGAAUUAACUUACACCCCAUGAGACCAAUGGAAAAUUCAGUUUUACCUGGGAAUGCAAAUAUUCAUUUAGCCAUAAAAAGAUAGAUUAAGGUCAUAGUAUAAUUAAAAAGGUUAACAGGGUAGGAAUCUAAGGAAUUAGAUUCAUAGACAAAUGGGUGCAAAACUGACAAAGUGACAGCAGUGAUUUUGACUACAGCUGUCAGCUCCGAGCAGAAACAGAGCACACCUGGGAAAUGGAGUGUUUCCACAGCUCGCUGCAGGAUAAACUCUUAUCUGUCUGAUUGCUCCUCAGCCUACAGAAUCCCAUCACAAAAUAAACACAGCUGUUACUUUCUGCUAUUUGUGAUUAUUUCUGACAUAUAAAUGUUGUAUAUAGAGAACAUUUUUAUACAUUUAGUGACAUGAGUUACCUGUUUCUAUGUGGUCCUUGCAUUUGCUUUUCACUCUGGUUUUCUUUGAAAAUGAAUACUUGGCACGGUAUAUUUCACCACAAAAAGCCAUGUGCAUUUAUGAGAAUCUGUAUGAUUCUAUAUGAGCUUACAGCCAUACUUUGUGUCGCUGUUCAAGUAAGUUAGCUUUCUCAUGGUGAUAAGUUUCCACUUCAAAUGAACUUGUACAGUCUAUACUAGCACACACUCACUCCUCUAGGCCUUACUGUAUAUAUGUGAGUGGUCUAUAUUAUAUGAGCCCUUCCACAGCAUUGUUCUAAUUCAGCUGCGGAGCGCCAACAUCACUAAAGGCCAUCCAGCAUUCACAGAAUAAAGACAUGCUUUGUGAAAGCUUGUAUUCAUUUAUCAGAUAUUCACAUCCAAUUCAGGGUCACACAUAGCAAGAGACCCUGCAAACACUCUACACAAGGUUUCUGACCUGUUUAGCAGUGUCAUUUACAUGACACAAUGCCAUUAAGAUACUGAAUGUUAGCAAUUACUUGCAAUGACACAUGGCAGCAAAUCAUGAGUGAAGAUGGAAGAAAUUGACCUUGUAUUUAAAAGCAAUUUGUGAGAGGAAAUGAAGGAAGAUUGAUUAUGAUUUGUGACAUAUCCGGUCCGCUUGUCUUAUUGACGUUUCCCAGCUAAAGAGAGGGUUGAAUUAAUAUGUAAUAGAAUGACAGAAGAACUAAUGCACAGCUGUUGUCCAUACCUGUCCUCCUCCUCUGCCUCUCUGACUGGUGUUAGUUGAAGGACACUCGGUCAUACCCUGGACACUGCCUGACCAUGAACUCACAUGACAGGAGGCUCCAGCAGAAGUCAAACUUUUGCCUGUUAAGGUCAAAAUCACAAAGACAGGCAGCAGUGUUUCAUGCAAGUUCUUUUAAUACUGCUCAAGUCCAAGUGUACAUAAUGUAGUAUUUGCUUGAAGCUAAACAGACCAAGUUAGGCAAACUGUAACUGUACAAUUGGAGCUUUUUGCAUGUGUCUUUUUAUAAUGGGCAGAUGAGUUCUAUUACAGUAACCAUAUAACAUUUUAAAAUGUGUCGCAACCCGCAUGACCGGGGUUGCAGUCCAGAAGGGUUUCUGGUGUAUCAUACUCACAUAGGAGAAAAAAAAAAAAAAAAAAGGCAGAAAAAAUAAUUGCACAGUUAACGAGUCAAAAGACUUUUUUGUAAAUUGUCAACAGCACAAAUAUUUUGUAUUGUUGUUUGUACUAUUUUGUAAAAAAAAAAAAAAAAAAAAAAAAAAAAAAAGACAAGAACCCCGUCCCCUUU